AUGCCGCGCACGGACGCGUGCGCCGCCUCCAGCACUAGGACGUCGUGCCACCUCACGGUGGUCGGCUUUGGUGGCGCUAAAGAGCUGAAAGGCGAGCCCGGUGUCCUGGACGAGGAUAUGGUGGAUGUUGUCGAGGAGCGACGCCUAGAAGUGGCCAAGCUGAGCGCGUCCUUCUUCACCAGCACCACGGUGCCCCCGAUCCGGCCCUCCAGCACCGUGGACGCCGCGCGCGCCUCACGCUGCAAAAUUAAAGCCACAGCUGGCAAGAAAGCCACCACUGACAAGAAACAUGUUGCAGAAGUGCCGUACAAAGAGCUACUCAACCCAUCAAACGUUGGUGUGGCAGACGGAAUUGUUACGAAUGUUUUACUCGUAGAGACUGCGAGCAGCCGCAAUGAUACAAAGUUAAUUAUCCCCACUACUCCAGUGACCACACCAGCGAAGCAGGGAGGGCCAGGCGCAACGCAACAACGCAAGGCGGCGGCGAUGAGCUCUGCGGCUGCGGCGGCGACGAUGACGGGGUCGGGGAAGGUGGUGUGCGUCACCGGCGCAUCAGGGUACAUCGCGUCCUGGGUCGUCAGGCUGCUCCUCGACCGCGGCUACACCGUCCGAGCCACCGUGCGGGACACCGCUGACCCAAAGAAAACAUUGCACCUGACUGCGCUGGAUGGAGCUAAGGAUAGGCUGCACUUAUUUAAAGCUAGCCUGCUAGAAGAGGGCUCUUUUGAGCCAGAUUGCCCAACACAGAGCUGCCCCUACUAUCAACAACAAUUGAUUGUGUGA